AUGAUAUUUGAUUGUUUGUCCUGUGUAGCGACGGGUGGGGGUGUGGUUGACGUUGCUUCUUUAAGUGACGAAGAAUGGAAGAAGAAGCUUACACCUGAACAAUUUUACAUUACUCGACAAAAAGGGACUGAGAGAGCUUUCACUGGAGAAUACUGGAACACAAAAACACCUGCAACUUAUCAUUGCAUAUGCCGUGACAAGCCUCUUUUUGAAUCAUCGACUAAAUUUGACAGAACUGGUCGGCCUUCAUAUUAUCAGCCUAUAGGAAACAAUGUGAAGUCAAAAUUAGAUCUGUCCAUAAUUCUUAUGCCUCGCGAAGAAGUUCUGUGUGCUGCUUGCAAUGCUCGUCUUGAACAUGUCUUUUAUGAUGGUCCUCCACCUACAGGAAAGCAUUACAGCAUAAAUACGUAA